AUGGCCUCCGCUCUCUCCUUCAACGUGUACAAGAAUGCCCUCCUGUUUGCCACCCUUCUCGGCGUUGCACAGGCACAGCAAGUGGGCACAAACACUGCUGAAGUUCAUCCGUCCUUGACCUGGCAAAGGUGCACCACUGGAGGCAGCUGCACUUCCCAAAACGGCAAGGUUGUCGUCGACGCCAACUGGCGUUGGGUUCACAAAACUGGCGGCUCCACCAAUUGUUAUACUGGCAAUGAAUGGGAUACCACUAUCUGCCCGGAUGAUGUUACUUGUGCCUCCAAUUGCGCCCUAGAAGGUGCCGACUACUCAGGCACUUACGGUGUUACCGCCAGCGGCAGCUCUUUGCGGCUGAACUUCGUCACUCAGGCAUAUCAGAAGAACAUUGGCUCACGUCUCUACUUGAUGGCGGAUGACAGCAAGUACGAAAAGUUCCAGUUGCUCAAUCAGGAGUUCACCUUCGAUGUCGACGUCUCGAACCUGCCCUGUGGCUUGAAUGGUGCGCUGUACUUCGUUUCCAUGGAUGAAGAUGGUGGCAUGGCACGAUACCCUGCCAACAAAGCCGGUGCUAAGUAUGGUACCGGUUACUGUGAUGCGCAAUGUCCGCGUGACCUCAAGUUCAUCAACGGCCAGGCCAACGUGGAAGGGUGGAAGCCGUCUUCCAACGAUGUCAACGCUGGUACUGGCAAUUAUGGCUCUUGCUGUGCUGAGAUGGAUGUCUGGGAGGCCAACUCAAUCUCCACUGCAGUAACGCCUCACCCUUGCGAUGACCCAGCCCAGACUAGGUGCAACGGAGACGCCUGUGGCGGCACAUACAGCAGUGACCGCUAUCGUGGUACUUGUGACCCUGAUGGAUGUGAUUUCAACCCGUAUCGUAUGGGCAACCAGUCUUUCUAUGGCCCGAGCAAGAUCGUCGAUACCAAGUCCCCUUUCACUGUGGUUACUCAGUUCAUCACCAGUGACGGUACAUCCACCGGCACGCUCUCGGAAAUCAAGCGAUUCUAUGUGCAGAAUGGGAAGGUUAUUCCUCAGUCUGUAUCUACCAUCAGCGCUGUUACUGGCAAUUCUAUCACCGACUCCUUCUGUUCUGCUCAGAAGACUGCAUUCAAGGACACGGACGUAUUCGCUCAACAUGGAGGUAUGACGGGAAUGGGGGCUGGUCUUGCCGAUGGCAUGGUUCUCGUGAUGAGUCUCUGGGAUGACCACGCGGCCAACAUGCUGUGGCUCGAUAGCACUUAUCCAACCACCGCCUCUUCAACUACUCCUGGUGCUGCUCGUGGUAGCUGCGACAUUUCCUCUGGUGAGCCUGCCGAUGUUGAGGCUAACCAUGCGAACGCCUAUGUUAUCUAUUCAAAUAUCAAAGUCGGUCCUCUCGGUUCGACUUUCAGCUCGUCCAAACCAGGCUCCGGCACUACCACCACUUCCACAACAACCACUUCCACCACCACCACUACCACGACUGGAUCAAACACCGGCGCUACUCACUAUGCGCAGUGUGGUGGGAAUAACUGGACUGGCGCAACCACCUGUGCCAGCCCGUACACCUGCCAGAAGCAGACUGAUUACUACUCGCAGUGCCUAUAG